UCAGUGGGGUUGAGAGGUAAUGACUCUUAAAACGUCUAUCUAUCUAUCUAUCUAUCUAUCUAUCUAUCUAUCUAUCUAUCUAUCUGACAGUUUUAUGUCUUCUAUUUAUAGUAAAAGACCAGUUUGUAGUUUUUCAACAACAAACAUAACUCAGAAAUGUAACAUCACCUCGGUACGCCACUAGGGUUAAAGGUCAGUAUGUGAUAUCAUUUGAAAUGUCAGAGUGGAACCUUAAGUGCUGAAUGUAUGGGUUUUAUCCUUUAAAUAUUCACUAAAAAGAUUUGAUUUAAAUACUUCUGUCAAUGUCAUGGAUAUCUGAUAUCCUCCUCAUUUAAAAUGUCAGCAAGUAUAAAAUGGUGGAACUUUUAUGUUUUAUACCUUUUAUAUGUAUCUUUCAACUGGCAAGGGUAUUGGACCACAGACUAACUUUUUAGACUUUCUAGGUAAAAGAUAUCUAAAGGUGCAAAAUGCGUAUUCUUGAAGGUACCAGGGCAGCAACAAGGACAGAGAGGGGCAUUUUAAUCCCCUUCUUUACUGAGAGUGUUUAGUUGCACUUUCAUGGACUGAUGGCUCUCUGUCUUAUUGGGCAAAACUGCCUUCCUCUCUCUCUCUCUCUCUCUUUCUCUCUCUCUCUCUCUCUCUCUCUCUCUCUCUCACACACACACACACAUACACACACACACACACACACACACACAAUGAGGCUAUGAGACUAUAUGAUGUCCACGAAGUGCGCAGUUUCAUCGCUCACUAGUUUCCCGCGCCUUUACGCACCAUCACCCUCUUCACUCCAGUUGAUUGCGCCACCUGAGAAGGAGACAGUGGGACUUUCUGGGUCUGUGCUACAAGAUAAAAGUUCACAACUAAGCGGCUAAUUCUUUUCCAGCGGACUUUUUUCCCCAUAUGACCCGCCAGGAGCAGAAGCAAGCGCGCAAACAAGACGUCUGGUGAACAUCUGCAUGACUGAGGACGCAUCUCGCUCCGCGACUCACCAUGAACGCGACGAUCUUCAAUAGCACUCUGUUUGCGCACGGCGCUCUGCUUAACAGCAGCCAGCAGCUCGCAGGCACGCUGGUGGACGAGGUGAGCGCGAGCGACGGCGGAGGCGGGGCCGGUGGAGGAUCUCUGGUGCUCGAGCCGGACGAGCGCAAGUUGUUCGUGACGCGCGCCGUGCAGAUCGCGGUGCUGUGCGUACUCUCGCUCACAGUCGUCUUCGGCAUCUUCUUUCUCGGCUGCAACCUCAUGAUCAAGUCCGAAAGCAUGAUCAACUUCUUGGUGAAAGAGCGGCGGCCGUCUAAAGACGUUGAGGCGGUGAUGAUCGGACUCGGGUAACAGCACCGUGCGCGAGGACAAAUCUGUACACCCGGAGCGGAGGAUUGCCACGCGCCUGGUGUCGUGUUGUGCAGCGCGAGGAUAUGCAACUCGUUCGUUUCGUCGUUCGCGUUUGUCGAGGAAAAGCUGAACGAGACUUUAAAGUGUCUUUAAAAGUCUCCUUCAUUGCAGUGACUGUCACAGAAAUGGAAUUUGCACGCUGAAAAUAUGUAGAAUGUAUCGAUGUUUAUUAAUUUUUUUUUUUUUAAAAAGUUAUAUUAAAAAUUAAUAUUCGAGCAAGUUUGUUGCAUUUGGGGUGUUUGACCUUUACAGUGAAAAUAUGUUUACACGUUUUUUACCUCAAGUGCAAAAAGAGAACUAUUAAAACUUUUAACUUCCAAAAUGCAUGCAGCUGAAAAAAAGUAAAUGUAGCCUAUGCAUCUUGCACCGUGGGUAUUUUUUUUAAUUUCAGAUGUUUAAGUGUAUUUUUUUUUUCGCACGGUUGAAAGAAAUAUUUAUGAGAAUUAAUAUUUGCACGUUUUCCUACGAGUCCAUGGGUUCAUUGCUGGAGAUGCAGCAUGUGCGAUGCUCUUUCUGAGUUUACUGUCUUGCACUUUCAUAUGAAACUUGCUGCAUGAACUGUUUUGUAAAUAACGAUGAAACUUGAAGUAGCGUGUCUCAAUAAAUUUCACUUUUCAAUGUUG